AUGGCCAUGUCGGCCCCGUCGACUUCCGCGGCUGACAUAACGGAAGGCACCGAGGACGACAUGGCCCUUCGAUUCCUGAACCACUGCCUCAGCAAUGCUGUGCAGGUACACUACCUUGUCACCAGCUCCUUGCAAGGGGGCGACUGGAAGACCUCCACGCUUCUGGGAGCGGAGGCGCAAGCGUACAUGCGUGCAUUGCUUGCCGCGUAUGCGUCCAGCAGCACGUUUCGGCGCCGACUUGUCUCUGGGGACUCGUUGCACUACCUUCAGUGCUUGACAGAUGAGGCGACCCGAACCGACUUUGUGCGUGUUGCGGCAGCGCCGUCUUUCUCCUUUGCGUCUUCUUGA